CAGCCUGGAGGUCAAGAUAGCCAGAUCAUCACGAGCGACGGCUCUGCCCGGCUCGAAACGAAUUACAUACUUCAGACCUAUGAUCAACCACCGGCUCAUAUCGUCAUCAAAACGCAUGGCUGGAGGACAGGACCUCCUGAAGUUCUGGCUCGGCUUGCCGAUCCUAAGUUAGCGGAUAAUGUUGAUCCACAUAGCUACAAGAUGAGACUGUUUAUAGAUAUGGAGACAGGAGAUGAGAGGUAUAGGGAUAAGAUUAAUUGUGGGAUGUGGAUUGGUAGUGGGAUGAGGAAAGGAGCCGAAGUAAUUUAUGAGUAA